AAAAUUCAUAAAAAAUUCUUUAAGUGUCAAAAAUGAACAAACAAUUUGAUUAUCGUUUUCGAGAAUUCAUUCGUGAAAAAUAUAAUCAGGUUAUUUGAAGAACAGGUACAUAGGAAGCAUAAUCGGACGAGUGGUGAAUCGCAUUUCUUGUGCCAAAAUGAGGAUUGAAAAUAAGAUUUACUGUUUAUCUCCGAAUGAUGAAAAUGGUGUUGACCAUUUCAACGGUGGAUUCGUUGGAUUUGAUAAUGUUAAUUGGAAUUCUUGCAUAAUGAAGAAGCAUGUGGUUAUGUCUCACGUAAGUCCAGCAAAAUACGAAGGAUACCCAGGAGAUAUGUUAACGCAGAUUAAAUAUUCUUGGACCGACGAUAAUCAACUUCUUAUAAAUAUUCGUGCUACUGCUACGCAACCAACCCCUGUUAAUAUUGCUUCUAAUUGUUUGAUGAAUCUCGCUGGCCAUGCUGCUGGUUCACGCGAAUUGAAGAAACAUCUAAUUUCGUUGAACGCAGAUAGCUGGACACCUGCGGAUAUUAGGAACAAUUUGCCGACAGAUGCUAUAUAUCCAGUUGAUCGUACAGUGUUCGACCUACGUUUACCGACUCAGUUAACCAAGAGGCGACUUUACAUCGUACCAGGGGGUGGUUACAAUCAAAAUCUCUGCAUAAAUAGUCCCAGCAGUUGGUCUUACCGAUUUCACGCUAGGAGCCGAAAAUAAAAGAGCAACAGAAAGAAAUUUGGGGGAAGGAUGGUGUACGAUAUCAGAGGCACGGUGGGUUUAUUUUGUCACCACAAAACUACCCCGAUGCGGUCAAUAUAAGCAAUUUU